CUGUCGCACGUCUUAGUCGACACACGUAAGUUUUGCGCGCGCGAGUGUUGCGCUCUUCUUUUAAUUUUUAACUUUACUAACGUGUUUAAACAUACAUACAUAUAUAUACAUACAUAUUUAUAUGUAUAUAUAUAUACAUACAUACAUACAUACAUACAUACAUACAUACAUACAUACAUACAUAGUUAACUUGCAUCGCAUAUUAUAAAAACCGGAAAGAAUCGAGAAUUAAGGGACAUGACGGUUUUCGAUCCUUAACGGUAUUUCAAAGGGUCUCUUUUAUUUUUCAUAAUGAGAAAAAAAACGAUAUUUUCCAUUUCUAGUGAACGUAACGAUUGAACGAAGAUAUUUGUUAAGUGUAAAAUUGUGAAGAAGAAGAAGAAAAAGAAGAAGAGGAAGAAGGUGCGCGCGCUUACGAGCGCGAGAAUAUCGAAGGACCUCGACUUGGGUACGGAAGGCAGCACAAAAAAGCAAGUUUACCGCGAUACCGUGCCGAAGGUGACUGAGAGAAGUGUUCUUGAAACGAAAUAAACCUCUUUCCCUGUCUCACAUACACACACACACACACAUACACACAUACAUACACACACGCACACACACACACAUAUAUAUACUUCUCUCUCUUUUCUUUCGGCUCAGUAAUGAAAGGAUACCGUAUGUUUGGUAGAAAGAAAAGCGAAAAAAUAUUCUCAUCGUAAACGAUCGAUCGCGCAGUUUGAUCGAACAUUUUUAAAAAAAUCGACCAUGCCUUUGCCUCUCCCGCGUAACGCGAAUUCGUCGACGAGAAAACGUUCGCGACGUAGAAGUUUAUCUGCGAGGCGCCUAAGCUUCGCGGAGGAUCGUGAGGAAGGAUAAAAAAAAAAUUGAAACAAUCCUUAUAGAAUAAAAUAUCUUACAACAUUAGCCUUUGAGGGAUUAUUCUCAAAGUACGAAGGAAUAGUGGAUGAUUUAUUUAUUAUCAAACGAACGCUUUUUUCCAAUAUAGAGUUUGGCCGGGUGUUAAUUUUUUAAAGGAGAGAAAGAAGAGGAAGAAGAAGAAAAAGAGGAAGAAGAAGAAGAGGAGGUGUGUGGAGGUUAGCGGCUUGCAAGACUGAAUAACCGUGGACCGAACCGGUCGGUUCCAUUCGGUCGUGUUCAGUCGUUUCGUCAACGACGAAGAAGAAGGAGAGGGAAAGGGAAAAGAAGAAGAAGAAAAAGAAGAAAAAGAAGAACGAUGAGCGUUAGGAUCGUCGUAAGCGUGACGGAAAUCGCGGAAAUGAACCCCAAGGAUCGUUACGUCGUCGAAGGGAUCGCACUUUCCACCGAUGAUGGGAGAGAUGACGGGACACAAGACCACGAAAAAGAAUCCGAUUCCUUGGAAUUAUCGUUGCCUGUCGAUCAACCGGUCGACAGCGUUUAUAUGAUAUGUGGCGUGCUAAUAGCUAUGGUAUUGGUCGGUGUUAUCAUCGUCCUACUUGCCGUAACAAUCAGCAAACUAAGGAAAAGGGAGGAGCAUCAUUCAAAUGUCGUUCAUCCCGAGAAUGCCACUGUCGUACAAACGGCAACGGUCUCGGCAUCCUCAGCGACGAUUUCAACGAUCGUCUCCACAUCGCCAUCGUCUCAGCUGGGCAACGAGCGAUGCUUGGCACAGGUGACCACCGGCGAUGGUACUUCCCCUCCUUCCCCCACCGCCGUAACAACGGUCACCACCGCCACCACCACUACAACCACCGCUACGAGCAUCGAGCACGACGGUGCUUAUCCGAUUGCCAGCACGCAGGACCAAUUCGUCUGGCAGUUCCCGCCGCCUUACCCGCCACAGCAAUAUACAUUGUCCUAUAACGACCAGGAUGCUCUUGUACAUACGCUACCCGCGGGUGGUAGGCCGGGAUUUGCAAAAGGCUUUCGUAAAAACUUUGGUGGACAUUGGCGUCGUUUAGUCAAGAGGAAACCAGAAACCGAGACUUGUGCCAUUCCACCGGAACUUAAGGAUCAGCUAAAAACGAUAUACGUUUAUUGACCGACCGUACAGAUGAUACCAAAUCGUACCUCCAUUUUACCGUUGACCUUCCAAUCCGAUAAAAACAAACGCUUUUUUCGUAUCAUAAUUCGUAAGAUACAUCGUUAUAUCGAUUAAUAACAUUAAGGGAUCGAAUUUGAAAGAUUGUUUAACGAAGCGAUAUCGAAAGGAACAAAAAAAUAUGAGGGGAAGAGAAAAAAAGAAGUCUAAAACAACAAAUGCAGGACGGGUCAAAAAGUUACUUCUCAUCGAUUACUCUUUUUCAGGCUUGUAGUUAGUCUUAUAGUUUUACAAGCUAGACUUGUAUUUUUACGAUAUGAAGGGAAAAUAAUUUGCCUAAAAAAGUUUCAAAAAAGAGCAAUCCAUUUUUAUUAUCAUCUAGGAACUUUUGAAAUAAUGAAUCAUCAAGCGAGGGAUGACUUUUCUUGCUAGUCCAAGUUAGAUAUUUUGGGAUAAUGAAAAAUUAAAAAAAAAAAAAGAGUAAUCAGAGUUAUUGUUGUGAAAUUAUCGACAAAAUAAUGAAAUGUUUAAAUCAAAACAUAUCAGGAAAAGUGCCCAAAAGAAAUAUCUCUAGGAUGUGAAGCUCCUAUUCGACUUUGAAUAUCGUGGAAACCUGAAUCUGCACCAGACCAUCUCCAUUCACCGAAAAGUGCCUUUUUUAAAUUCUACUCUCAAUCAUUUUAUUCUCGAAUGGACAUGAAACGUCAUUCAUAUAAUAGUCGUGUGUCGUCAUCCCAUCGUUCGAGGAAUCGUAACACGCUGAAAUUUCUGGACUAUAAGCGCAAAUAUGAGGAAGAUGAGCUUCGUUAAGCGAUGUAAAAGAAUUUUUAUGAGACUGAAAAAAACGUUAAAAGAGCUACGACAAAACGAGUUACAUCGUAGCUUUUUUCUGUAUGUGUAUGUAUUUUACUAUUGAUCUAUAAUAGUAAAAGAUAGAAAGAGAGAGUCACUCAACUGAGAAUCACGUUCACAACGCACUAGUAUUAACGUUAUUACCUGAGAAAUAUAUCUAAUGUCUAAUAUGUAAAAAAAAAAAUAUGAUGAGCGGAGCUAUAUUAUUAGAGGUGAAAGAAAAGAUAAGAAAAGGGAAGAAGAAUAAAUCUCCUAAAAGCGUUUUCUGCUUCUCUCGCACGUGUCUCUUCGAAAAAAAAAGAAAAAAAAUAGAAAAAAAAAAGAAAAAAAAAAUAGAAAAAAAAGCUCUGUCAUUAAUGUAAAUACUAGACGUAUGUAGUUUUUAAAUAACGAUGGCGUAAACUAAACAAUUUUGAAGCUACGAUCAUAUUGACGUAUCAAAAUAUCCUCAAUAUCGUACGACUAAUUGCAAUGAUUUUUUUCUAAUUUAACAAAUUUAAUUUUUUCUUUAACUAAGUUUGUUGUAACUAGUACGAUGUAUUCAAUUCGAAACAAUCCAAUCGAUUAUAUGUACAUGUAAUGUUAAUGUGACAAAUGAUUUAGUCGUACGUUCAUAAGUGUCGAUCUUGUUGCUCGUCUAUGCGCUAUUUGGUAUGUAGAAAAUAGAAUGAAAGGGGAUAAUCAGAACAAAUGUUGUAAUUUAAUAGAUAGAUACACUCUAUUCUUUAUUGUUCUAUCCCCCCCCUUUUCUUUCUUUGACGAAGUCAAUACCAUGAAUAGUGUGUAGUAUUUUGUAGCAAACUUAGACCAAUUUAAGAGAUCUUUAAUAAUUACAUUUACGACUCAUAUUGAGUCUGCACUACUUGCUAAACUACUACGGUAUUUCAAUUACGUAUUAUUGUAAGUUGUACAGCAACGCAAAGCUUCGCUAAAUAUCCGAAAACGUUGUUGUCUUGCCCUUUAUAUAAAAAACAAAAAAAAGAACAUUCGUUUUUCUGGAACUCCUUCGAUUGCUCAUUUGUUUCUUUGCCAAAUUGUAAACAUAGCUUCUUGAUGAGACAUUGAGCGAAAUUUUUUUUUUGGCGUAUGCUGUUGGAUAAGUAUGUCUGCUGUUUCUAUGUGCGUAUGCUUUUCUGGGUGCAUGUGUGUGUAUGCAAAAGUGCGAUUGUGGAAGCAUGGAACAAAAAGUAAUACUUAACGAAGAGGUAAAAGUGUUUAAUUUGGCAAUUGUAUAUUGGUGACUAUAUUAGUCAUGUGAAAACAUAAAAAAUGAAUGAAAAGAAACAACAAAAGGGUAUAUAAAGAAAAGCCUCUAUCCAACCAACGUUCCUGCUGCAGCCGAAACUGUGAAAAGAAAUUUGUAUUAUGAUAUUUUAGGACACGACGACUGUAGCGUAAAUAAUAUAGCAUUGUAAUGCUUUCGCGCGGCACGGAUUAUUCUAACAAUACGAAUUUAUUCAAGUGCCUACGUCAUAUAUAUAUAAUAUAUGUAUAGUAAAAAAAACGUAAAAGCGAAAUUAUAGGAAGGAGCUGCGCUCCCACCACCUAGUCACUUUUAAAAAUACCAUCGAAACGUAUCCCUACGAAUUUUUAGUACAGCUUCGAGUUUCCCUUUGACUAUCUAUCUAAAUACGAUAAUAUUAAAUAAAAGAUUUCAAAUGAA